UGGACUGACAGACACGAUGUAAUUCUCUGUCGAGAAAUUUUGAUACACAAUCCCUUUCAGUACAAGAAGAGCUCAAUUCAAAGAGGACAGGUUUGGAAUGACAUCGCUGAACGACUUGUUGCAGUUGAUGAAGUAAGAUUCAAGUCAGAUUUAGACAGAAGGGGUGCUCAUGAUCGAUACAACCUGUUAGCAAAUAAGCUGAGAAGAAAGCUAAAAGAUGAAAGGAAAGCUUCUGGAAUUGAAACUGAUAUGUCAGAGGUGGAAGUUGCUCUGGAAGAUUUGAUCGAGAGGGAAGAUGAAUCGGAUAAACAGCACAAGGAAAAUCAAGAUCAAAAACUAAAGAGGAAAGAAGAUCGACAACAGGCUGAAGAUAUUCACACAAAGUCAUUGGAGAGACUGGGGGAAACUCAGAAACGAAAAGGGCAAGACAGCAACCUUCAGACCAAAGCUAAGAAGAAGAGGGCAACUGGAGGAGAUGCAGUAGUGUUCUUAAGAGAAAGAACUGAGGCGAUGGUUGCUGCUCGUAAGGAGGAGGUCAAUAUGAAAGUAAAACAACAAGAGGCUGAGAGCAAACGACACCAGGAUUUUCUGGAAUUGAUGAGGCAACAACAACAGCAACAGCAGCAGCAAAUGCAUAACAUGCAAGCUAUGCUUCUCCAACAACAGCAGCAGCAAACUCAGUUGAUUAUGGCUCUCGUGUCUAAGUAA